AUGUCAUCAGAAACCAAACCAAGAGUUUUGAUUUUGGGCGGAACAGGCUUUGUUGCCAGACAUUUAGUAAAGUAUUUGAUUGAUAACAAUUUGAUUAGCAAGAUUAGAGUUGCCGAUAAGCAAUUGUCAAAAACUGCCUACAUGUCCGACGAGUUUCUCAACAUUUAUGAGAACAAUCCUCUUGUUGAAUAUAAACAAGCUAACCUGUCCAAUCCUCAACACAUUAAGAAGGCUUUUGAAGACAGUACAGGUCCAUUCAACUUUGUGGUGAACUUGGCUGCAGAAACAAGAUAUGGUCAAGAAGAGCCCACCUACAAACAAAUGGUCUAUGACAUUUCUGUGAAUUGUGCGAAAGAAGCUCUCAAUUAUAUUUCAUCUAUUGAGAAAUAUAUUGAAGUGAGCACAGCUCAAGUCUAUGACUCUGGAAGCAAAGCAAGUAAAGAGACUGACAAGAUUGCUCCUUGGACAUUAUUGGCAAAAUUUAAAGCACAAGCUGAAGAUGAAUUGAAAAAGUUAUCACCUGAGUUUUCUAAAAAGUUGAUCAUUUUACGUCCUGCCAUCAUUUAUGGUCCUGCUGAUUUGAAUGGAUUGACUCCACGUAUUACUUGUGCUUGUACUUAUACUUCAACAAAUGAGAAGAUGAAAUUAUUGUGGAGCGGUGACUUGUGUAUUAAUACUGUUCAUGUGAGAGAUGUUGCUCGUGCAAUUUGGCAUCUUUAUACUAAUACCAAAACUUCGGGCCCUCUAACAUUUAAUUUAUGUGACAAGAAUCAAACUGAUCAGAAAAAGAUGAAUGAAAUUUUGGAGAAGAUUUUUGGUAUUGAGACUGGUUUUUUCGGCACUUUAUUAUCACAAGCUGCAAAAUUGAACAUGAAAGCUGCUGCAGAUACUGCAAACGAAAAUCACAUGUUGCCAUGGAGUGAAAUGACCAAGCAAAGUGGUAUUAAAUUCACACCACUCUCCCCUCACAUUGAUAAGGAAUUGUUGUAUAAUAAUUCACUCUCAGUUGAUGGAUCACUCAUUGAGAAGGAAACUGGUUUUCAUUAUGAGUAUCCAAAGAUGACAGAAGAACUCAUUCUAGAACAAAUUGAUUAUUUCAAGAAAUUGAAUUUGUUCCCUAAUUUUACCAAACUUGAAAAGAAGAAGUAA